GGCGGUGGCGGCGGCGAACAAAGAGGCGGCGGGCGCGGGCGGCCGAGCGGAGCCGAGCGCAGCCGAGCCGGGCCGAGCCGGGCCGGGCCGGGCCCAAGAGCGUGCGGACGAUGCAGGCUGCCAGGCCAGGGUCCGCGGGUUCCUGAACCCCGCGCCCGGGCCCAGCGAGGGAGCCCCGUGCAGCGGCCGUGCAGCCGGAGGCGGCCGGGCCCGCCAUGGCCGGGGUCAGCUACGCGGCGCCCUGGUGGGUGAGCCUCCUGCACCGGUUGCCCCACUUCGACCUGCGCUGGGAGCCCACCAGCAGCCAGUUCCGGCCCGAGGACAGCGACUACCAGCAGGCGCUGCUGCUGCUGGGGGCGGCGGCCCUGGCCUGCCUCGCCCUGGACCUCCUCUUCCUCCUCUUCUACUCCUUCUGGCUGUGCUGCCGGCGGCGCAAGAGCGAAGAGCACCUGGACGCCGACUGCUGCUGCACCGCCUGGUGCGUCAUCAUCGCCACGCUGGUGUGCAGCGCCGGCAUCGCCGUGGGAUUCUAUGGCAAUGGGGAGACCAGUGACGGCGUCCAUCGGGCCACCUACUCGCUCCGCCACGCCAACCGCACGGUGGCCGGGGUGCAGGACCGCGUGUGGGACACGGCCGCCGCCCUGAACCGCACGGCGGAGCCCAACCUGCAGAGCCUGGAGCGGCAGCUGAGCGGGCAGCCGGAGCCACUGCGGGCCGUGCAGCGGCUGCAGGGCUUGCUGGAGCUGCUGCUGGCCUACACGGCCACCAUCCCCUUCUGGAGGAACCCGGGCGUGUCGCUGGAGCUGCUGGCCGAGCAGGUGGACCUCUACGACUGGUACAGGUGGCUGGGCUACCUAGGCCUGCUGCUGCUGGACGUGAGCAUCUGCCUCCUGGUGCUGGUCGGCCUCAUCCGUAGCUCCAAGGGCAUCCUGGUGGGGGUCUGCCUGCUGGGGGUCCUGGCCCUGGUCAUCAGCUGGGGUGCCCUGGGCUUGGAGCUGGCCGUGUCUGUGGGCUCCAGCGACUUCUGUGUGGACCCCAACACCUACGUGACUAAGAUGGUGGAGGAGCACUCAGUGCUGAGCGGAGACAUUCUGCAGUACUACCUGGCCUGCUCACCCCGCGCCACCAACCCCUUCCGGCAGAAGCUGUCAGGCAGCCACAAGGCGCUGGUGGAGAUGCAGGACCUGGUGGCCGAGCUCCUGGGGAGCACCACGCGGGAGCACCCGGCCGCCAAGGAACCCCUGCUCCGUGUCCAGGAAGUGCUGAACGGCACGGAGGUGAACCUGCAGCACCUCACCGCCCUGGUGGACUGCCGCAGCUUGCAUCUGGACUACGUGCAGGCGCUGACCGGCCUCUGCUACGACGGCGUCGAGGGCCUCGUCUACCUGGCCCUCUUCUCCUUCGUCACCGCCCUCAUGUUCAGCUCCAUCGUCUGCAGCGUCCCGCACACCUGGCAACACAAGAGGGGCGCCGAUGACGACGGGGAGGAGGAGGCGGCCCCCGGGCCGCGGCAGGCGCACGACAGCCUGUACCGCGUGCACAUGCCGAGCCUGUACAGCUGUGGGAGCAGCUACGGCAGUGAGACCAGCAUCCCGGCCGCGGCCCACACCGUCAGCAACGCCCCGGUUACCGAGUACAUGAGCCAGAACGCCAACCUCCAGAACCCACGCUGCGAGAACACCCCCCUCAUCGGGCGCGAGUCCCCACCGCCCUCACGCUAUCUGGCUGCCUCGGACUCUGGCAGCCACGCGGGCUGGCGGUUUCAGCCCAUGGGCAGUGCCCGAACGCUGUGGUAGCCGUGCCCUGGGAGCAACAGUACACAUCCAGCAUGAGAGCCAAGUACCUCGCCACGAGCCAGCCUCGCCCCGACUCCAGCGGCAGCGGGCACUAGACCGCACCGGCGCCUCCCGCCCCACCCCUCGCACGGCUGCUUGCACCCCAGGGCUGCCGCCGGACCCUCCGCGAGCUCCACCACGCCACGCCACGCCACGCCAGCCUCGGGCCCCCUGCAGGCCCAUUGCCCUCUCCCACUCCCCACAGGGGCACGGAGAUGAGAACAGGGGCCCUGGGCCUGCACCCCCGACUCGGCUCACGCUCCGGGACAGAGCCUUCCUGCCCGCCGCCCGCCCCCGCUUCCCUCCACAGGGCCCCUGGGGGUGACCUCCCGGCACACAGGCGCUGUGCCCUCCUGCUCGUCCCCACGCGCCCCUCUCUCUGCAGCAUCCAGUACCCGCCUGACACAAGCGCGCCCCUCCUCCCGGGAGGGCUCCCCGCGCUGCCUCCCGCCCGCCGCUGCUCGCUCUCUCCCUCCCCCAGCCCUCCAGGGACAGCAGGUGCCGCGCGGAGUCCCGGCUGCACACCGGCCUCUCGGUGCUGGCCGCCUUCUUGGUGCCAAACCCCCCCCCCCCCCCGCCCCAGAGAGCUGGCAGCUUUGUCCGGUUCGUUUUUUGCACUAACCACGUUUGUCAUCUCUAGGGCAGAUGGGGCUCGGCCAAGGGGGACUCCCUGGGGCCUGACCCGAGCCGGCUGUGACUGUGCCCCUGGCCUCUGAUGCCCACUUGGGACUAACCACUGACCUCACUCCCAGCCUCCACCGGUGCCCCUGGCUGCCCAGAGCCAGCAGGCGAGCCCGCGUCCAGGCUGGAGUGGCCGUCUCUCCGCAGGGUGAGCUGGGGAGCAGGUGGAGGCCCCUCCCUGGGCCGGUGCUGCCCCCGGAGGGCCCUGUCCUCGGGAACAGAUGUCCCGUGGGCUCUGGCCGGGGUCCCUGCGGCCUCAGCGCCCCUGUGGAGCGGGAAUGCGGCUUCCUAAGGUGCUUUCGGUUCUGUGUGCGAUGUUUGCUGUGCUUCCGGCCGCGGCAGCUCCGCGUGGGCUCGGGCCGGGGCAGCCGGAGGGCUGCUGGACACCGAGAGCAGGGCCCCUGCCCUUCCUCACCAAGCCCCUCUCUCCACGCUGGCAUCCGGGACCAACAAGCGGGGUGGGAGGCAGGUGGGGGGUGUCUGUGCGGGCAUCUCGGCCCUGGGCAUCGCCAAACCUCAGUGGAGGGGCAGGCCCGGCCAAAGCCGACCUGCCCGGCGUCCUCCCGACUGGACUCCGUGGCGGAAGCAGCCCUGGACAUGGGCCAGAGCCUGGGCAGCAGCCGCACUCCAGGCCAGGGAUGGUGGCCAGCGUGCCCGUGCACGGUGCUGUCCCGGGCUGCCUGUGGCCUCCCACUCCCCAAGGCUGAAGGAAGAACAGGCCUCGGGCCGGGCAGGAACGGCUCCUGCCAUUGUUUUCUUUUCUUUUUUUCAUUUGGAGUCUUCAGUGCCCCUUCCCUCACCGUGCCCCGCCCCCCAGCCCCUCCUGGGGUGGCAGCCCAGGGCCACCUUGCACCACUGGACCAUGGAGCAUGGGGGGAGGGGUCCUUGACCUCGUGGGGAGCAGGGCAGCCAGCGGCACGAGGCGCCCACUCCCCAGGGUUGGGCUUGGGGGGUGGGAGGGCCUGGGUGGGAGCAGCCCCUGACCCUUCUCCCUCCACCCCCCCACCUCACUAUGCAACCCCAGGUCCCAGCCCUGCCCGGUCCCUGCGCCCUAGGCGAGGGGCCAGGGCCUCUCGCAUGGAAUCGUCCCCCGUGUUGAGCCACGACGGGUGUGUUCCAUGCCACUGUCUGUCAUGGAACAGACAUGCACACGGUUCUGUCGAGACGCCCCUCCCCCACCCCCGCCCUCCAUGCCACCGGCCCGGCUCCAUGGGGCUGCGGCCGUCUGUACUGUCGCCGUGCUGUUUUUGUUGUUGUUUUUUUUUUAAAGACUGGGUUUGGGGUUUGAUUUUUAUUUCUUUGGGGACCUUAUUUUUCUUGGCAAAUACUAAAAAUCUCGUCAAUGUGAUUUCUGUGGUUUCUAUUCAGCUUGGAUUUCAUGUUUUAAAAUAAACAAAUUUUAAAAAAAACUCA